UACACCAGAAAAAUGCUUAGUGACAUAACUAUUCAUUGCGUGUGCUUACCCCUUAAAUCUCAAUCUUCACUAAAAUAUAUUGUAUGGCCCAAUUGCGUUUGUCCUGAGAUUCCAGAAUGGAUGCCUUACAAAUCCAACCGCACAUUGACUGCACGAUUUCUGCGCUUAUACGUCGAAGGUCUGACAAAAUAAGUCAACAAGCGUCCCAUUGUGGUGACUGUUUUCGCUCCUCCCCUUCCGGUUUGGAUCGCUGCAUUAGAGGUAUGCCUAAUAAUUUGUUCUUUGCCCCGCCUUCUACGGGUUGCGCGAGAUGUCAAACGGGAGCGCCUGAUGUAGGACACCAGCCUCCUUCGCCGCCUGGUGAAUGCGCCUGCAUCAUUUAUAUAGCCUUUAGUGAAAAAAGACCGUAUCGCUCGUAUCAUACGCCGCAAGGAUCUCAGACGAGAUUCUCUAGGCGGGGGAAGUGAGCGCAUGGCUUCUCAUCACCCAGGAACUCAGUAUAGUUUCGAAUGUUCUACCUCGAUGUGGAAUGUGUGCGUAGCUCGAAUGAUCGUCUCCAGCAGUUUUGGAUCUCAGCGCCAAAUUAUUUCGAAAGCAACGAUGGUAGCAAGAGGGCUUGGAAAUAAGCGGUAGUAUAGGAUGUCACGCCAGAUUUGUAGAAGGAAAAUUGGGUAAAAGUAUAAUUCGUAUGGACAAGAAUAAAAAGAGCAACUAUGUACUCCCUUGAAGUGCCAUCCCUGAUGUGCGAUCACAG